AUAAAAGAUAGCAAGAUGUGGGAUAAAAUAAGUGGCACCUCUCUCCAUUGUACUAUUAAGUUGUUUCCCUCGUCAUGUCCACACUGAAUACAGCUAUCUUCUGCGCGCUGUUUGCAUUGGUACACGCUGGAAUCGUCCAGCGUUCGUUCCAGUGCGGGAACCAGUCGUACUACACGAGCGAUAACGGUAUCAUCCGGAGUCACGCCGGUUACGACCACGGCCAUGACUACGGCAAGGACCUCGACUGCCUGUGGACCAUAGAGGCGCCACCUGGCAAGAUGGUGCAGCUCGUGGCCAAUACAUUCAAUGUCGAGGGAGAUUAUAACUGCCAGUACGAUUACGUGGAGUUGUUUGACGGCAACUCGACCGGCGCCACGAGCCUGGGCCGCUUCUGCGGGCACACGUUCCUGCCCAUAUCCUCCACCCAGCGUUUCCUCACCCUCAACUUUGUCACCGACCACGCGACAGGCUUUCGUGGUUUUGAGUUCUUCUACAACUUCACGGAUCACAUCAUCCAUACCUGUCGGCAGGGCCAGUUUCUGUGCACUAACGGGCGCUGUAUCACCGGCAGCUACCGGUGUGACGGACAGGAUGACUGCGGGGAUGACAGCGACGAGACUUCCUGUCGAAACACAUCGCCCUCUCUCACUUCCUGCGGCUUCAACGAGUUCCGGUGUGUCCGUGUUUCGUUCCUUCAGAACCCAUGUAUCCCGAGCUACUUUGUGUGCGACGGAGACAACGACUGCGGCGACAACUCGGACGAGUCCGGUCCGGCCUGCUCGGGAUCAUCACACUUCUCCACUAACAUCUUCAGUAACUUCUUCACAACAGCGGUGUCGUUCUCAAACAGCAGAGCGUGUGGCAUUAGAGACUUCACCGGAACUUUCGGCAACAUCAGCAGUCCCGACUACCCCCUCAGCUACCCCGGAGCAGCCCAGUGCACGUACCACGUGACCGCCCCUUCCGGAACCAAGAGUAUCGCAUUCGAGUUCGAUCCUCGUUUCCACCUGGAGGACGACCUCAGAUGUUCAUACGACUAUGUCAUCGUCGAAUCGAAGCAAGGCCACCAGUCUCAUGGUCCGUUCUGUGGUGGAACGGCCCCGGACCCGUUCGAGAUCCAGGGUAACGAGGCGGAUAUCCGGUUCAUCUCCGACUCCUCAAACGAAAACACGGGCUUCCUGCUAACGUGGAAGGCGACAAGUUAAUCGGAGCUGUGAACGCCACUUGUCAAUAUCCGCGUGCAUGUUACAUGUUUAGAAAAAACAUAUGAAACCAG